GUGUCCAAAUCCAUGUUGUGUUUUAAGCUUAUUCGACUUGGAAACUGUAUUCCAUAUCUGGGGUCUCUGGCAUCAACAAACCUUUCGAUGGCACUUUAGUAGGCGAGAUUGAUACACAAAAUAAAGUUUGUGUUUUUAAAACAAUCGCUGGUUAAUCUGUCAUAUUCAGUUGUCAAAAGAUGUUUCGAGCCUUUAUAUACGAUUUCGUUCUACUGGCAGUGUUGUUGGCCAACCAAGUAAAUGUCAGUCGAUGUGUGUUUUAUUUAUCUGCCUCCACAACGCCAACCGUGCUUACAUCACCGAGAUGGCCAGCCAACUAUGCAAAUAAUUUAGAUGAAAGCUGGACCAUUAUCGCAUACAAUUAUGGCUAUGUUGUGCGAAUUCGCAUCGACACCCUACAGCUGGAAUCCACCGGAGGAUGCAAAUUUGACUUCAUUUCAGUAUACGAAGGAUUGGCUGAAUCCAAUGUUUUGUUCAAAAAGUGUGAUUCAACAGAUGAGGGUCUAGUGCAUACAUCAAGCACAGAUACAAUGGGCAUCUCUUUCCAUACAGAUGAUACACAUGUGUUCCAGGGCUUUCAGAUUUCAUAUUGGGCAGUACGUAUAGGUACGCCAUCAAUUGAUGCAUGUUCUCAAACCGUCUAUCUGACGGGACACGAGGACAGGAAUAGACAAUUACUCUACUCCCCAGGUUGGCCACAAAAAUACCCUAAUAACCAGGAUUGCAGAUGGGUGAUAACUACCAACAGGGCUCUUCUGACGGAAGAAGCUGUUGUAAUCGUAGAGCUGUUAGAACUCAAUGUCGAGCUUGGGCAAAACGGCAAAUGCCCAUCUGACUAUCUCCUGAUCAAAGACGGAGGCAGCCCUUCGUCUCUACCGUACGAGUUGGUCAAGUGGUGCGAACCCUACAAUGGAAUGCUUGAGAGAACAGUGGUAUCAACCAGCAAUACUCUACAUAUAGAAUUCCACUCUGAUGCCUCUAUUGGGUUUAACAAUGGAUUCAAGUUGAAAUAUUACACAGCACCUACUACGCCAACUGUAAAUCCUGCUGUUGAUGCCUACAAAGCCUGUGAUGUCGGACAGAUGGCGAUUCAGGCCCAAGAUGCGAAGAACAUCAUAUUGUCACCCCCAUGGCCCUGGGGUGCCACUACUGAAAAUCCUUAUGAAUGCAGCUGGGUAAUAACUGCUGAACCCAACCAUGUUAUCACACUGAACUUAAUUGAUCUGGAGUUGGACUACCACACGCAAUGUCUGUAUGACUACCUGACUGUCAAAGAAGGAUACCCAGACAGUAGAAAUACCCUUGUUCGAUGGUGUGGACCGUAUUCCACUCUUACUGCAAGCUCAUCUAUUAUAUCCAGCAGUAAUACCAUCUCAAUUAUAUUGUAUACUGAUGGUACCACUUCAGUGACGUCACAACAUUUCACACUACAUUACUGGCAGAAAAAUGCAACCGUCACACCAACCGCAUCAACAAAUGAAGAACGAGUUACUAGACUUGUUGCGGGUGUGGAAAAAUCAAACUUAUACUCGCCAAACUUCGUCAAUGGAUAUGGGGCAGGGUAUUAUGAGAGCGAUUCGGUGUAUACAUGGCGAAUAGAUACAAAUGAUGAUAACAUGGUGAUCAGAAUAGAUGUCGUGAUGUUCCAUUUACAAGAUGGCGUUAAACAACGCUGUUUAUUUGAUUCUUUGGAAAUAAGAGAUGGUCAUGAUGAAUUUAACUCCCCAAUACUUGUCACGUGGUGUGGCGUUCUAACUAAAGAAAACGUCACUAGUACAGGACGUUAUAUGUUCAUUAAGCUGAAGACGGAUGGAUCGUAUAACUACGACGGAUUUCAACUGAGAUACUGGAAAGUUCCAAAAUACGACGGACUCGAUGCUGGAGUCAUAGCAGCGAUUGCAUUGUGUGCUAUAGCAGUCAUCACAAGCAUUGUCAUUAUCAUUGUAUGUGGAUACGCCAUCAAGUCAAAAAAGCAUAUUGCAUGCUGCACGUUUCUUAACAAAUUAUGGGAACCAUCUUCCCGUACCAGCUCUACAGCAAGUCUUCAUAAAAUGUCGGGCAAAGUUUCACCACGACCUGAUCCAGGACCUCAAGAUAAUGUACUCAGUUUCGGCAAUGUUGCAGCUUUAACGGCCAGACUUAAACAUAGAGACCUGGGUAAACAUACAGAACAUAAACACCCUAGUGAUGCAGUUAAUAUCCCGAUACCUGCGUUCCAACAGGACGAUUUAACUAAGAUGUAUCACCCCAUUGCACUCCCGCCUAUACCAAAUGCAGAUGAUCUAUACGGAAAACCAAAGCCAAAAAAGAAAUCUGGAAAAGGUACUAAAAAUUAUGCCAAGAAAUCGCAACCUGUUAUAACCCCUAGAGUAGAGAAGUCCCCAUCGGGGCCUGUGUAUACUGUGAACAUUACAGACGGACUAAAUAUAGUUGAGUCCGCCGAGGAAAAAGAACGUCGGAAAAUGAUGAGACGAUACAAGAAGGCUAUGAAGCUGGUACAGGCAUUGGGUGGACAUAAAUAAGUUAAGAGUAUAAAAACAGCAGAUGGUAUACAAUUUAAACUGCUCCAACAGAGCAUAUAGAUAUAUUAUAGAAUAAACGUUUGCACUUUGAUUUGUUUGAAUUAAUCCAUAGAAACGAAGCAGUAACAUAGCUGUAAUUAACGGUCGUGUCAAUUGCUGUCACCGAUCCUCAGAUAGAUUGACGUUGAUCGG